UAAGUAGUAAUAAACAAACCGUUGAGCGAGUAGCAUUGAUUUACACAAAGUUUUCAUAAACAAAAUUAAUAGAGAUAAGAGCUGAAAAAAUGUCAACUUUGAAGUUGGUGCUUCAGUUUCUACUCCUUGGCCUUGUGUUAGUUUCUGGAAGCUUUCGUUAUUACAGGAAGUACAAAUACUCCCCAGAGCUGAUAAGCGAGUUGAAAGACUUUGAGAAGCUGAUUCCCAGUGUCACCAUCGACGAAAUAGUCGCCGAGCACAUGAUUACGGACUCGGGCUUUCGCAAAGCCGUAAAGUUUUUGCGCAGCUCCGAUUUCAAGAGGUUACAGCAGCGCAUUGAGUCUCUGCCAGAAGUUGUGGAUCUGAUUAACUUUGUGCAUCUGAAUGACACGGCCUUCGGAAAAGUGCAAAAACACUGGCAUCAUCGUGACAAUUACAUCAGGCAUCGUCGAUCGGCUGGUGACGAUCUCAGGGAGGAGAUUAUCAUGGUGCUCCUUGAAACGAGCUCAGAAGCCGGACAGUUAAGUUCCUUUACGAGUUUCGUGGAGGAGCUUCUCACGCAUCUGCCCCGAGAUCGAUUUGUGGCCCUAAUAAACGAAAAACGCCAGCGAAGCCCCAUAUUUGCAAAGUUCUAUCAGGCCCUGAAAAGUUCAGAAUUCAAGACAAAAUCCGAAGCGGCUUGGAACACAACGAAUGUACAAAGCGUGGUUCGAGAGCUCGCCGGACAUUCCAUCAAUGCCCAGGACCUGAAAACGAUUGGCUACGAAGUCAUCUCGUGGGGACCAACAUAGCCUUAGAAUUCGCAUACAUUUAAGUCCAAUAAAAUCAGAACUUAAUGGCAGUGUUAGCCAAAGUCGA